CAGCUGUGUAAGAAUGAGGUCAAGUCCGUGAUAUAAUAAAAAUGAGUGAACUUGCCUUGACCCGUCUAGAAAAUGUCGAGAGGCCAUCUGCCUCUGAGUGUUUAGUGGCGUGCCACAUCAGACAGACUCGCAAUGCUUCAACGAAUAAAACGAUUUGAGAUAUUUCUGUAGAAAAUUCUCAAAACCGAAUAACGGUUCGGAGACCAGGGCGGACCAGGAGGUGUCCACCCCGCAUUCCUAGACGGGAAUGUUUUUCGUGACGUCAGACGAUUUAUAGAAGCCAUGCUGGCAAUGCCUGAGCUCAGAGGCAAAGGAGAAUGUCACAGUUGGACCCCCAUGAGACAGUCUAGGAUGAAUCCUUGAUAUGAAGAGGGUUGGGUCAGUCUCAUUUCCAUGUAAUCUUUUUAAAAAUGCACUGAACCAAAUGGGUCAUCGUGGCGUUGUUCUGUUCCUGUUGCUACAAUCCCUGCAGGCGCUGGCGGAAGAUGGCCAGUUGAUGUGCGUGUGCGAGGACAGCGGCUGCCUCGACUCCCGGCAGUGUGAGGGCUCCCAGUGCUACUCGUCGGUGAAAGUCGGCGGCCGCGGGGUGGUGGUGACGCGCGGCUGCCUGCAGGGGUCAGAGAAGAGCCGCAUGACCUGCUUCACGCCCGCCACCCUCAGCCAAGCCGUGCUCUGCUGCUCCAGCUUCAUGUGCAACCGCAACGCCACCGCCGACUCGCUGCUGCCCCUGCUCACCACAGCUCCGAAGGAGGAGUCAGUGAAGUAUCGCAUGGAGACGUUGGCCCUGUUCGUACUGGGUCCGGUGGUGGUCUUGGCCCUGCUGUCGGUUCUGUCUGUGCUGGGAUGCAGGAAGCUUCACCGCGGUCGGCUGCAGGAGUAUGACCCGGAGCAGGGGGCCAUCGACGGACUCAUCAUCUCCAAUGUUGGGGACAGCACCCUGGCCGAUCUGCUGGGCCACUCCUGCACGUCAGGCAGUGGUUCUGGCCUACCCUUCCUGGUCCAAAGAACUGUGGCCAGACAGAUCGGUCUGAUAGAGUGUGUAGGUAAGGGACGUUACGGGGAGGUGUGGAGGGGCCAGUGGCAGGGGGAGAAUGUGGCUGUGAAAAUCUUCUCCUCCCGAGACGAGAAGUCGUGGUUCCGAGAGACGGAGAUCUACAACACGGUUCUGCUGAGACAUGACAACAUCCUGGGGUUCAUGGCGUCAGACAUGACGUCACGGAACUCCAGCACACAGCUCUGGCUUAUCACCCAUUACCAUGACAACGGCUCUCUCUACGACUACCUCCAGCGAGUCCCCGUGGAGACGGGCGAGGGGUUGGCGAUGGCCACGUCGGUGGCGUGUGGCCUGGUGCACCUCCACACCGAGAUCUUCGGGACCGAGGGGAAGCCGGCCAUCGCCCACCGCGACCUGAAGAGCAAGAACAUCCUGGUGACGAAGGAGCUGCGCUGCUGUAUCGCAGACUUGGGCUUGGCGGUGACCCACUCCCAGGCGAACAACCAGCUGGACAUGGGGAACAACCCCAAGGUGGGCACCAAGCGCUACAUGGCUCCGGAGGUGCUGGACGAGACCAUCCAGACGGACUGUUUUGAUUCCUAUAAGAGGGUGGACAUCUGGGCCUUUGGACUGGUGCUGUGGGAGAUCGGGCGGCGGACCUACAGUAACGGUAUCGUGGAGGAGUACAAGCCCCCGUUCUAUGACCAGGUGCCUAACGACCCCAGCUUUGAGGACAUGAGGAAAGUGGUGUGUGUGGAGCAACAACGACCGUUUAUCCCAAACCGCUGGUUCUCUGACCCUACCCUCUCUGCCCUGGUGAAACUGAUGAAGGAGUGUUGGUAUCAGAACCCGUCCGCUCGCCUCACGGCCCUGCGGAUCAAGAAGACCCUGGACAAGAUCCACAGCUCCCUGGAGAAAGGAAAGGAGUCGUGAGAGACGACCGCCAGGAGAGCUGGAGCGUCGGUGGAGGAGUGGAGACCCAUUCGGAUGUGCACUGUUGCUGCUGCGCAUCAGAAUUUAUGCCCCCUACUGGCUGUCUGCUGAACUAUGCUAAUCACUAAGUGUCAGGUGGUGUUACCGUGACGUUUACCCUGCUUUUCAGGCCUACACUUAUUGCUCUGACGUGAUGGUGGGUUUCAGAUCCUGCGCGCGCACGCACACGCACUGUCAGAUGUGUUUUCUGAUGGAAGUACACAGGCGAACAAAAAAAUGGUAAUGAGUUGAGUUUAACAGGAACUGGGCUUAAUGGAGCGAUCAUUAUGUGACCUGUAAUUAACACUAUAUGAAUGUGUGGGACGAGACUACGAUGGUUUGUAAUGGUGAGGCCAGGAGUUGUUCUCGGUCAGGAAAACCUCCUGGCCCUGUUUAUAAUGACGUGCCACUGAACGCAAAUUAUCACGUCACAAGGAAAACUAUGUACCCAUGGAAAUGCAUUUUGUUAUGGCUAGUAGGACGUCACAAUGUGCUUUCACAAAGAAACAGGGAAAUGCCUCCUCAUGCUUGAAACUGUGAGCUGUGAAUACAUGAAGGCUAUAAUAUAGGAGCUAUAUGCUGAUCUAGCUUACUCAUCAGGUUGGCGGUUAUCACCUUGGGACCAAUAGAGCGGUUUUAAUGGUGAGAACUGCCUCCUCGGAGUGUCAGGCAAACUAAAUCAAGUGCACCUAAUGGUUCUGGUCAACCAGGACCUUAUCAAAUGUGCGUUCGGUUCGCUUGAACGCUUUUAUGUGUUGUGAAAUGGUUUUUACUGGACGUUUCCGCCAAAUGUUCUUGUGCGCUCUUGAAGGGAUUAUGCGUUACAUUUACGCUUGGGCGGGGCAAGGAGUGGCUUAAAUCAUCGAGUGACAUUCUAACGGCAGGGGUCAUGUCGAUAGGAACCAUAUUCUGUACAGUCUUUGUUGUUUUGGUUCAAUUAAAUGCUCAGAAUGUAGAAA